CAAAAAAUACGAAAUUUUAAUAUUUUUUUUUUGGAUUGGUGAAUUUACAUCCCGGAUUCGCGUAUAUAGUUUGGUAGUGGAUUACAAUAUUGAAAAUGAAACUGCUGAAAACAGCAUGUCUCCUAGCCUUAGUGCUUACCUUCGCUUAUGCCGAAGAAGAAAAACAACCUAUUGAAGAACAAAAAGCCGAAGAAGAAUCAUCCAAAGCUGAAGCAUCAGCUUCCUCAGAUGACACAUCAAAACCUAAACGUGGUAUUCAUGGAUUUGGUGACUACCACCAUCAUCAUUAUCCAUCCAUUCAUGAAGAAAAAACCCUAACCAUCCACAAAAAUGUCCAUGUUCCAGUGCCAGUGUACAAACAUGUACCAGUAGCAGUUGAGAAACAUGUCCCAGUACCAUACAAAGUUAAAGUACCCAAGCCAUAUCCAGUUAUCAAACAUGUCCCCUAUGAAGUGAAAGAAAUCGUCAAAGUACCCUAUGACGUUCCAGCUCCAUAUCCAGUUGAGAAAAAAGUACCAGUUGCAGUACAUGUCCCAUAUGACAAUCCAGUCCCAGUGAAGGUCUAUGUUCCAGCUCCAUAUCCAGUUGAGAAGAAAGUACAUGUCCCAGUAAAAGUUCAUGUUCCAGCACCAUAUCCAGUUGAAAAGAAGGUACAUUAUCCAGUAAAGGUACAUGUUCCAGUUGACAAACCAUAUCCAGUUGAGAAGAUUGUCCAUUAUCCCGUCAAAGUACAUGUUGAUAAGCCAGUCCCAUACAAUGUUGACAAACCAGUUCCAUAUCAUGUUGAGAAGCCAGUUCCAGUGCCAGUUAUCAAGAAGAUUCCAGUUCCUGUUCAUGUUAAGGUAGAUCGUCCAGUGCCAGUGCAUGUUGAUAAGCCAGUUCCAUAUGAAGUUAAGGUUCAUGUCCCAGCCCCUUAUCCCGUUAUCAAGGAGGUUCCAGUUAAAAUUGAGAAACAUGUUCCUUAUCCAGUCAAGGUUGCCGUUGAGAAACCCUAUCCCGUUCAUAUUGAGAAACAUGUGCCAGAAUACCAUGAGAAACAUAUUAGUUACAAAGAACCAGAAUUCUAUCACAAACAUCAUGAACACCAUGAACCUGAGGAGCAUCAUCAGAGUUAUGAGCAUCAUGAACAUCAUGAAGAACAUGAACAUCAUGAACACCACGAACAUCAUGAGCAUGAUUUUUAGACAGAUGAAAAGGCUUUAGCUAAAAUGAAGGUUAUUUAGCAGAAGGCAAGAAAAAAAAAAAACUAGGAGAAGAUGAAAGUAUUCCAAAAAAAAAAACACAAAAAACCAACACACUCAAUUCAUGUUAUAUGUAUUAUUUUUAAUGUAUAAAUGUCUUUAUUGUACCUGUAUUAUAGGCUAAUAAUGCAGGUGCAAAAGACUUGAUCUGAUAUAAUUUUUAAGUCAAACUAUAC